GACCACGAACUGCUUGAACUCCUCCGACAGUCGCUACUGGGACCCAAGCCGAAAUCCGACGAGAUCGGGACCGACACAAAGGUCCUGCGACACGCCGAAUUUAUCUAUGACAAUAGUAUUGACGUGAACAUUGAUGCCCGUGGCACGAGAGCUGCUGCCCAGUUGAUCUGGGAGCAGAUGCAGGAGCGCAGUUACAGCACUGAAACUUGGUCCGCGCAUGAUUUGCAUCCGAAAGCAAAGGACGAGGCCACCCUCAAUUUCAUCUUUAUCAUGGACCUUUUGAACUUUAGCUUCUGGAGCGAAAAGCCUGAGAGCGAGAGAUAUGCCGUCGAGUACCGUGGCAAGACGUGGACUGGUUACUGGAGUCUAGUUGCUUGUAUUCCUAUCACGACUCCUUCGUUCUACGCCGAUGAGCUGGAAUGUCCAGACGAGAAACUCGCCUAUGUUUUCCGAUCCUCGACCGGAGAGGAGAUACCUUUGCUACAAGAAAGAAUCAACUGUCUCCGUGAAGCCGGUCAAGUACUCGAAGACGUAAGCAUUAACCACGUUCACUCUGGCUCUCUACUAACCCGACCAGAANNCUUUGACGGCAGUGUAGCUGGCCUUGUCAAGGCCGCCAACAAAAGUGCGGGUAAACUUGUCAACCUCCUCGCUCACCAUUUCUCGUGCUUCCGUGAUGAAUCUGUGUUCGAGAAACGCACAGUCCGCAUCAUGAAAAGACCUCAAAUCCUAGUCGCCGAUAUCUGGGCUGCGUUCAACGAAGAGAGCUAUGGCGAGUUCAACGACAUUGACAGCAUAACGAUGUUUGCCGUACCUCAAAUCCUCCACACACUAGGCUGCUUGACGUAUAGCCCACCCUUGGACAGCGCGAUACGUACACAGCAACCGAUUGCUCACGAGUCUGGCUACGAGGUACAGUUACGUGGCUGCAGCAUCUGGACCGUGGAGAUGAUUCGCAGAGAAAUCGUGAGAAAUAAUCCAGGUGCCAAGGUGAAUGCCAUCUUGAUCGACUUCUUCCUGUAUGACCUGGCCAAGGAAAAGGAAAAGGCUGGUGAGCCUGCCAUCCCUCAUCACCGUACUAGGAGCAUCUGGUAU